AUGGAGGAACAUACAACAGGACGCCCGUCAGUGGACCAAAUACUUCAUUCUGGACCGCAACGACACCAAAGACCCAGCCAGUAUCGACCAUUUAAAACCGGCAUAUCUGGAGCUUCCGACACCGAAACCCGAUUGGGAGGUGCGGCCGUUAAGAGGGAACGUCCAGUUGCUUGCAGGCAGCGUUCUUCUGUAGAACGAGGGAUAACGCUGACUUCGGAGCCGGUGUCAACCAGGAAUCUAAGCUUAGAAUUCCUGUCUAACACAUACAAUAGGCGACUGCGGGAAUGGCCAGGGUCAGUCGUCGCCUUUACUGCCUGGCGUGUUCUUUUCCCGACAGGCUGCGUUGUUGACGUUUGGGGUAUUGACACCAACGGGUACAUCUUCUGGCUCUAUCCUCAUAGGUUCGAUGGAAGUAGCAUACAGUGCCAUCAUGUACUGAUGGACUCCGACGCCUUCUAG